GAAAAUAGGACAGGUGAAAUUUGCUCGCUGCGAUCCAGCGACUCUGAGGCUGCCACGAUUCACACCGCUAGACAUUGUCCUCAGAAUGGGCAGGUACACCGAACCCUACUGUCUCCCACGACUUCACCGCCUCUACUUCAAGGACAUCGUACUGCAGUUGAAUUAGCACAAAUCCUAUGCCUUAUCAUCGCCCUUCAGAUCAACCCAUGUGCAGAAGAAUGCUCAGGCCUGGCAUCGCUCGACUCGAACCCGACGUCAUGGGCGCAGGCAACCAAGUCCAUCGAUGGUGAUGGACCUCGUUGCUGGACGCGGGAACAAUACUUACCCUGAGGCGAGUCUGCAUUACUGGACCAGUGAAUCUUGAGGCAGGCACGAUUUGCAGAAAAAGAGUGUCCUAGGCCUCGUGCAGUGUGCGGAUAUCAACCUCGACUAUCAUGGAUCAUUUACCCUUGCCACAAAAUCCAGUCGUCAAAUCCUUCGCUAUUCCAUUCCUUUGCAAUGAAAUCUACGAUGGCGGUGACUUCAAAACAUUCCCAGAGCGAAGGCAAUGGACCGUUGAGCGCCGAUCUGCCUUCAUGUCGUUCUCUCACCACGGACAAUCAGUCACGGACCAUGAGGAGAUCGGAGGAUUCUUGCAGACCUGGCUGUACUUCGGACUACUGUGUGAGUUUACUGGAGAGCCAACUGACGUGGCACUCUUCAAGAGACGAAAUGCAGGAGGGACCACCCUGUUCACCUCCCAGCAGCUAGGCGAGCUUGUCAGUUCUUGGAGCGUGGGAAUACUCGAGGAAGAAUGGUCUUUGUAUGAACACAAUCUCCAGCCGUGGAAGGACCGUUUAUACAGCUGCUUACUCGAAACGCGUGAUAUCGUCUUGCGGGUUGCACAUCCUCUAGAUGGUGACCCGGACAAUGUCCUCUCAUGUGUCUGCCUCAGCAUUGCUGCACUCGGAGAGUAUCUCAAUCAAGCUCUGAAGGAUAUCUUCAUCAAGAGAGGUUUAGAAUCUCCUGUCAUGCAGACCUGGAGGAUUCCCGACUGGUGCGACUGCGGAAAACCUAUCCUCAUGGUCAUGGAGCGAAACGGCUGGUGCCCGCAUAAACUUGCGUACUUUGACUCUCAGGACUAUCGACCUAUUGGAGAGCUUUGGUACUUUGCGAACUUGGAACCACCCCUGGCCAAUGAUCAUCAUGGUGAUUGCACCUCAGAACAGUGCCAGUUGCUGCAAGUCGAUUUGAGAGCGUACGAGAGCGUCCAUAUGAAUAAAGCUUGCCCAUGUGCGUUCAAGGGUCCACAACCUGACCCGUUAGCAGCUGCAGUCAUGCAUGACUUGAUGCCACUAGUGACUGUUUCGGAGGAUUCGGCAUCUGGAGUCAUGGUGAACCUUCAAACAGCGAAACCAGAUACUGAAUACGUCGCCAUAUCCCAUGUGUGGGCUGACGGGAUGGGUAACCGCGAGGAGAACAGGUUGCCUCAAUGUACGCUUCGCCAGGUUCGCGAUUAUGUCAAAGCACUCACUCAGCCCGACUCGCAGUAUGCAACACCAUUCUGGAUAGAUACCCUCUGCCUUCCUCGGUAUCCUCGGGAAUUGCGCCAAGCAGGUUUGCUGACCUUCAGCGAAGUUUUCAGACGAGCCAAACAUGUGCUUGUCCUCGACUCUUACCUGCGUGGUCUUUGCGCCCGAGGAAUGGGUCCGACGGAUGUUUUGGCGCGUGUUGCAGCCUGCGGGUGGACGCAACGGCUGUGGACGUUUUCGGAAGGGCGCCUUGCGAGAAGUGUUUAUUUUCAAUUCAGUGACGAAGCAAUUGACCUCCUCAAAAUUGUUGAUACUUGGAGAGGUACAUUCUUUCGAAUCCCAUCAUUACCAUCUCAUACCGUUGACCUCGCUAUCAUGGCGAAUUCUUCUUCCACACGAACCAUGCCAGACCAGGAAUUCGAUCGUCGACUACAAGAAGUGCCAACUCUUCGAUAUGCACUGAGCAAACGAUCAACUAGCUGGGCAUCUGAUGAGGCCCUUUGCCUCGGCGGGAUUUUGGGCCUGGAAAUGUCCAAGAUCAUAGAAGUCGCAGACUCACAAAAGAUGGAGGUGGUCUGGAGUCUUCUUGAAAAGCUGCCUGCUGGGUUAGCAUUCUCUCGUGCUUCGCGGAAACUCACCUCGAAAGGAUAUCGUUGGGCGCCGUCAUCGUUGAUGGGAGAUCUCAAAGUACCACGAUGGGGUGGGCCGGGCCCCCUCUUUGCAAGACUGGAUGCGACGCCGUCAGUAGAAGGUCUAAUCGUACAGUUUCCCGGGAUCCUGUUCAAGGCGAGGCAUGGUGGCGGUUCAAUAGUGGCGAAAAGUGAGCUGCUUAUGGAGUGCCUUCCUCAAUUUAUUGGCGACGACUGUUAUCUAAGACUUCAGGGCCAAGAUGGACUAUGGUACACUUGCGACAUUGAAGCUCGUUGGCACCAAUGCCCCGCCAAGGUGGACGUUGCAGAUGUAUUGCCAGCAAUCAUACUGGAGUCGCCUAUUGUCUUCGAUAAAUCGCUGGCCAGAAAUGACUUCCAGCCUCUGAAUACAUUUCGAGGCCUCCUAGUCACCUAUUCUGCGUCUGAGGUGGGCCAAGACCUCAUUCAUGCGAGAGCGCAUAGCCACUUAGACUUUCAAAUUCUCUCAAAGAAAAGGCAGGAAUUUCUCAGACAGCUGCUUUGAAGGGCGACCAGGGAACUGUAAGGCAAAACAUUAACUCAUGGGUGGAAGCAUACGCUAUGGAGACAGGACUUCUGCAGUU